GCGUAGGCUUGGAGAAUAGCCUAAAUACAUGACACUACAUACACUCGAGUUAUUUUUUCUAGAUUUCGAUGACUUUCAUGACUUCGUCAGAUCCUGUUACUCAGAAAUCAUCGCAUCACAAAGCAACAAUUCGUUAUGUCGCAUCGUUUCGGAGAUAUAUUUAUUUUUUGUCAUGAUCUACCUGUAUUUCCUCUUAAAUGGUGUAUUAUAUACUCCAAUUACUCCAAGCACCUUUCGUAAGCACCCAGCUACCUCAGAAGAAUUGGGUUCAUAUCCAGAUAUACAUAACGGAAAGAAAAAGAUGAAGAACUUGUAUAUGAAACUGCGGUCAAUACGCAAGCCUUUGCAGGAAAUUGAAAUUAUGAGCGAAAAAUGCCUUAGUAACGUAUUCUUUAAUGUCCGAAGAAUAUUAACUUUAUAUGACGUUUUUCUAAUUCGUCCGGUGUAUAUUCAAAUAAAUAGUCAAAAUUAAUGUUUGUAGGUAAGGAUUUAUUUUUGUUACAUCACGUUUGUGACGUAACCUACGACUAAACCGGGAUUAACCACGACAUUGCGGAUAUAACCAAAAAGAAAAAAAUCCAAAGAAGUCAUACACUCUAAUUUUUAAUUAAUUUCCCUAGUAUAAUUGCCUUUCUAUAGGUGGCUGAAUAACGAAUUGGAUACAUACUUUUGUAUACGCACGUUGUUACAUGCAUAACGUGGUACACAACACGUAUACAUUUUCCAGAAGCCACGUGAAGAACAGGUGUGACAACUGUCAAAAUGAACUAUAUAACUUGUUCAAAUAUCGAUCUCUUUUUCAAAUUCUAAAUGCACUCAAGCAAAAGUGAUUGUAAAGUUUUUCCUUCGUAAAAAAUCAAAUCGAAUUCCUCCUACUAAAAUAUGUCGAAACUUGACGAAUCCCGCAUUCAAAUAUAUAAAUAUAAAGCGAACGAUUUCAAAUUUGCUGUCACGAAAACCGAUCAAGGUAAUUCAGCAUUGGAUUUACUGAUCACUCAGAAAUGGGAAGAGGCACAAAAAAAUGGAGUGUUCAAGUACGUUUUGAAUAUAAGGCAACAAAAAAGGCUGGAUGGGAAUUAUGGCUUUUUAGCACAGUUGAAUACGGAGAGAGGGGAAAAGAGGCGAAAGCCUGAAGACAUCUCGUCAAUGGCGCAACCCUUUGACCCCAACUUGUUCAACUUUACAAAGAUACCAAAUCGAGAGAUCCUCUUUGAUAUUGAACGAUUCAAAUGCCUACCACAAAAGGUCACAGUGUAUAGUCUUAAAAGAGCUGUCGAUCUGUUACUCCUGAGUAACUCACCAUAUCUGAGAAUGAUGUUCAACAGCUUAUGUGCUCAUGCAUCUGUUAAUCAUUUACAUUGGCAUUUGUGCUAUUUGAAAUAUCACAUGCCUCUUGAAUGUAUAAAGCUUAGUCAUCUUCGAGGUCCAGUGUUUGUGUUACUAGAAUUCCCGGCUAAAGGAUUUUGUUUAAAAUUAUCCUCAUUUCUGAAUCUUAAUACUGAUAAUUUAGUUUCUUGGACAUACUUUAUUGUAAAUUAUCUCCAAACAUCAAAUAUUGCUCACAAUAUUUAUAUAACAAGAGCUAAAACCAAAGCCGAGAGUGAUAUCUACGAUGACAUACGGGUUUACAUUUGGGCAAGAAAAUCCAGUUCUGGUAUCAAAUGCACUUUGGACUUUAUUCCAGCUGUAUGCGAGCUCUUUGGUCACUUAUCAAUCAAAAGUGAACAAGGAUAUGAAGAUUUAACCGAGGAUGCAGUGGCCCAAAUUUUGGAUGAUAUCACCUCACAUUGCUUCUUUGCAGCCAGGGAUGAUAUAUUAGGAAUGAAUUUAGAUGAAAAAGGAUUAACAAUGGAUUACUGUUGAACAGUCAUUCCUCAGAAAAUUCAAAUUAACAAUCACAUUUCUUGUAAUUUAAUAAAGUGAUUUCGAUUAUUGUAUGAUAUUUAAAUCAGGCUACCUUAAUGGUUUUUGGUUUAGAAAUUUUUUUCGCUACCAAGUAAACUAGAAUAACCAUAUAAAAGAAAUAGAAAUUAUAAAAAUACCCAUUGAUAAUAACAUAAAUCAAGUCUUCUCAUGAGCCAUAAUAAAGAAUGAUCAUACAGAGACUAGGUUCGAAUAGAUCAAUUAUAUGUAAAGUUUAGUGGAUAGUCCAGUAUAGCAAGAUGAUACUGAUAAAGAUAAUAAUAGUAAUAGAAAUAUAAAUGGAAAUAGAAAUGAUAAACAUUACCGGUAUUGCAAAAAUAAAUUCUAUUCGUGAGUGGU